CUUUUUCUGAUUAGACUGACAUCAUUACUGCAUGGUUUUGGGGCAGGGCUGAAGGAGUAGAGCGAGAGAGGGAAGGUUGAGUCCAGCUUCCAGCAGCACAGCACUGAGUAAGAGCCGCUAACAACCACUGAAAAAUAUAAAAAAAUGGCAAACAAAGGACCUUCCUACGGACUGAGCAGGGAAGUACAACAGAAGAUCGAUCUGAAGUAUGACCCAGAACUGGAAAUUAUCCUUGUGCAAUGGAUCAUUGCUCAGUGUGGUCCAGAAUGCAAAGAGCCCGAGGGUCCAGGGAAGGUAGCCUUCCAAAAAUGGCUGAAAGAUGGCACGGUGCUCUCAAUACUGAUGAACUCCCUUGUCCCCAAAGCCAUAGCCAAGGUGCAAAAAUCAGAAAUGGCCUUCAAGCAGAUGGAGCAGAUCUCCCAAUUCCUAAGGGCAUGUGAGAGGUAUGGAAUCCCGGCUAGUGACCUGUUCCAAACUGUCGACCUAUGGGAAGGAAAGGACUUGUCUAGUGUCCAGAGGACAUUGAUGAAUUUGGGGGGUAUUGCAGUCACAAAAAGUGAUGGAUCUUUCCGAGGAGACCCUCUCUGGUUCCCCAAGAAAUCACAGGAGAACAGGCGAGAAUUCUCCCAGGACAAAUUAAAAGAGGGACAGAAUGUCAUCGGACUUCAGAUGGGUACCAACAAAGGAGCGUCCCAGUCUGGAAUGACUGGCUAUGGCAUGCCAAGACAAAUUCUUUGAUUGCACAAACAACCGGAAGCACCAGGCCAGAUCUCAGAUGAUCAAAUCAUCUCCUAACUCCCUAUCUCUACUCUGAUUACUCUUAUCCCAUACCUUCCAGCAGCACCUUAACGGAAUGCUUUGUAAAACAAAAACGAACCAACCAACUAAAAAAAAAAAUCCCAAACAGAUGCGCAGGCACUAGGUUCUGAUUCGCUUACAUAAUUGAAAUCUAAAAAUUUGUAGGAAUCUGUGGGUGAAUUGGCUUAAAAGUAGCCAUCAGCCAUUCUAACAUUUUGAGAAAAAUACACUGGCAACAUCCCCACCACUGUGUGUAGAAUAUAGCUGAGAGUAAAUAUAACUUGGUGAUAUAAUAUCACUCGUGAAUUAUUCAAUGUUAAAGUGUCCUAAAAAAAAAAAACUAAUUCCCAAAUGUUGAGAUACUCCUACAAUUCUCUUUGUGUAUUCUGGUAUGACAUUAUCCUAUAUCUCUGCAAAACCAUUUUUUUUUUUAUUGUAUUGUUUUUUGGGGUGAUGUUCUUUGUAGAACACAAAGUAGAUGCCUUAACAUUCCAUGCCUACGUGUCUGCUAUUCCCCCCCCCUUUCUUUCUAUAAUUUUUUAAUUUUUUAAAUGCUUUUUUGUUGUUUUUUUUAAACAUUUUUGACCAAAUUCAGAAUAGGCUUGUGUACCAAAGUUGAACGGACUUGAUAGUUUGGUGUUUUUUUUAGUUCCUUCAAGUCGCAAUAGUGAUAAGAUCCGAUUUGUGCAAGAAAGGAAGCUGAAAGUUCGAGAUUUCUUCCACGGCAACCCAAGUGGAUCCUGCCUAUUUCGUCACUCUGCUCUCCGCUCUUGAGAUAAAAUGCCAAUACAUUUUACUUCUGAUCCAAAUAAAGACCAAUCUAUGUUUAUAAA